AUGGCCAAUAAGCGGGAAAGAGCCGUGAUUCUAGACGCUAUUGAAGAUGAGUAUAGGCACGAUCUUGCCCUUCAUCUUUAUUCCACGUUUUUACUCCAUCAAAUUAACCCAUUCUUCCCACGAAGAAAUUGGGCAAGUUGGCCCGUUCCAUUUGAACAAGUCCCAGAUCCAGGAACUGAAAAGAAAUAUGUUUUACCUGAGAAUAUCCAGAAGGGGGCAACUAUAAUGCCAUCAUUUGGAGUUUUAGGAGGAGGAUCUAUUAAGCGGCAAUUAUCUAUCGAGCCUGAAGAAGAUGAUACUCUAUUCAAUGAACAAUACGUCCCCAUUACAUCGAUCAUUAUUAGUGAAACACUUACUGAUCCAUUGGAAGAUCUUCGUAUAGAACUUAAAGCAUUACUUGAACGUAAAAUUCAAGACAAACUCCGUGCUAGGGGGAAAACAUCAGCGACAGAGAUUCAAGAGCACCUUCUUGAUAGUAUGGUAAAUAAAAUGAUGACCAAGAUAACGGGAACUUUGGAUACCACACUAGGACUGAGAUUAGAGGCUUCGAGAGCCCCUAAUUCAACCCGCUUGUUGAAUUGGCAGGACAUUAUUGCUGCUCGAAUUUACUCUGAAGAAGAACAAAAUUGUAGAAUUGAUACAAAUCAUUUAAAGCAAGUUUACACGAAAUGUGAGAAAUUAUUCAGGCAUCACAAUUAUAAAUAUGAAUAUGAAGACAAUGAAGAUUUACUGGACGAAGAAUGUAUUCAGCCAGAAUUUGAAGUAAAUUCAUAUUUAGAUCAUGUUGAAUCUAUUAGUGUUAAUCAGAUUAAUUAUUCUAAUUUCAAAGAAAGGGUCUUGAAUAAUAAAGAGGAAGAAUCACGAUUAGCGGCAUCCCGAAGAGGGGUUAUCAUGAAUAAAUUAAAUGUAUAUGACCGACUACAUGAUGUUUCGUGGGAAGAUAAUCUUAAUAUCACGGGAACAAAGUCUCGUCUGAGACUUUCAUUGAACAAAAAUGAGCAAAGGGCGUUGCUCAAGAGUAAUAUGGGAAUUAAUGAGGAUACAUAUAUAAUUUAA